GAAUCUACUUAACACGUAAUAUGUAAACCGUAAGCCGUAGUACGUAAGCGCCAUCAUAUACAACUGCCAUAAACCAUAAGCUUCGACCACAGUCCACAGUCAUCAUCAUCAUUGAAGAAAGAUCGCAGUGUCAAGUGCUGCUUGCUGUAUCUUCGUUUUUGUAUUUAUGUUCUAUUGUGAGAAAAUACUUUUCCUGAAUUAUAAAUGAUGGAGGAAAAUGUUGCUGGAACUUUUAGUUCUGGGUGCUUAUUUAGUUCUGGAUGCUUAUCUUAUAUUGCUGUGUCGCCGACAGAAAUAAAAAAAGUGGGCUAAGAGAAGGUGAUGGGUUCGUCCCAUCAACUGUCAACGUAACAAGCAAGGAGAUUUUAUGAACUUGCUGCAAAAAAUGAAAUUAGAUCCAGUUAUGUUUUUUCGUUAUACCCGAAUGACAUUACCACUUUUUAACAAUUUAUUCGAAAAAAAUGAGAGUAUAUUUGAUGAAAAGAAAUUGGAGAGCUUUACAACCGGAGCAGAGACUUGCUAUUACUCUCAGGUAUCUUGCAACUAGAGAUUUGCCACUGUCAAUUGCAUUAGCCUACCGCGUUGGUGAAUCAACGAUUUAUAAGGUGGUAAAAGAAACUUGCGAUGUAUUAAUGAAAGUACUGAAACCUUUAUAUCUGCGAAAGCCAAUCAGAGAAGAGUGGAUAAAAAUUUGCAAUGGUUUUUUGAGAAACUGAAACUUCCCGAAUUGUGUGGGAGCCAUAGAUGGCAAACAUGUGCAAAUUAACGCACCGC